AUGGAACAAACAACUGCUACUCAGCCAAUUCUGCAGCUUCCGACCGAGAUAUUGCAUCAUAUACUGCAAUGGGUCGAACCAGCCGACUUGAUCAGAAUACCUCGUGUCUGUUCAGCCUUCAGGAACAUAACCAACUCCAAGAAGCUCUAUCGUGAUGUCUAUCUGAACCAACUGGAUGAACCAAAUGACCCCAAGCUGGACUACGAGAAAGAGAUUCGGAAUUUGGUCAAACUAGAAAGAAUAUGUACCAGUGAGGAGGUGUACAAGCAGAAAUCGGAACUUGAUUUUGUUCACGAUACUGUUACUCGCCUUCUCAAAAAUGCUUCUCCAUCUCCAGACGACACAACCACAUUCUCUACGACACAGGCACCAUCACGCAACGCAGCUCUUCUCCAACGCAUGUUCAGCAAAGAUGAGACAGUAGAGGCUUUCCUCCAGGGCUCGUCUCUUUUCAAUCGUCUACGAGAUGAAGUCCGCCAAGUCAACAGAGAUGUCACUCCUGCGCCAACCUCAACCGGCCAUGCUCAUCGUGCUCUCCAGCGAAAGAGUGCCCACCUUCACUGCCUGUACUCGAAACCCAUCCUUAAUGUCGGCCGUCUUCGUUCUACUAGGACAUAUCCUUAUGCAUGCUCCAAGGUUUAUGAUUUACGCGAGUAUACUGAUCGGUCUGGCUGGGGUCCUUUCAUGAACGACGGGUCGUUCAAUGUCGACUGGGAAAAAGUCGAGGCCAUUCUCAUCGUUCUAGGUCACAACAUCGGUACGAGACACCGUGUGGCACGCAUAUUCGGCGAGAUUUGGGAUAGUCCAUUUUCGGGAUCAUUCUCAAACAGUUUUAUGGCCCCUCCACCUCGCGACAUAACCUCACUUGAGGCCCGGGACCCUUAUAGCAUCACAGGCACAUGGUACCGCAUUGUUUGCUUUCUUGACUAUAGUGACUUUUUCGCCUUCAACUUUGGUGAUCGUGAUCUCAUCGCACCUGAUGCACCACGACACACACUCGAUGUGGGUGAAGCGACCCGUCUCAUUAUGAUGCGUAUCAACGUCACGUCAAUAGAGAAACCAGGACCUGAAGACGGACAAGACCUACCCGUGGUCCACUUUCGAGGUGUAUCUCGUUCUUUAGAUGAUUCCUUUGACAACAAUGCGAAUUCCGACAUUCGAGGUACCGCCCGUUUAACUAAAGAAGGUGAAGUGAGAUGGACGACCUUUUCGGUAUUCCACGGUAUCGAGCGUUGGCGCAGUGAAGGCAUCCAGAUCGGAGGCGUGCGCUCCGCUCGCGGCGUUGUGGGAAACUGGUUCGACCGUGACUACGACGUUCAUGGGCCUGCCGGACCUACAGCAUUUUGGAAGGGUGCUACACUUGAGCAAGUUGAAAGCAUGGAGGACGAUUUGCUACCCAAUGACUUCUUUCUGCCAUAUGGUACACUUAUCGACAUAGACUCCGAGACAGACCCAGAAGGAGACAUGCCAUAUAGUGGCGAGGAUGAAGACGAGGAAGACGAAGAUGAGGAGAUGGCGGGAAUGGCAGUGGAAGAGGAGCUCUCGGCUCUAAUUCAGGAUGCAAGCCUACCUCUGGAUAAUAGUAUUAACAGUCAGGGGUUGAAUUAG